AUGUCGUUAAUUUUCUUCUUCUUCUUCUUCUCCCUCCCCCUCCACCACGCACUGGACCCAGAGAGUUUACUCAAUGUUGAGUACAACGUCUCGAGCCAUUCGUUCACCCGCGUGUCUGGCCUUUUGUCUAGGCAGUUUCUUGCCCCGAGGCGGGCUUUUUUUCAAGCCCGUCCCAACCGGUUUAUCAUGAUAAAUAUGGUUGACAACGUGCCUGGGCGUACAGCCACCCUCGCCCUGUGCGACGAUGACCUGUACGUCCCGGGCUUCAAAGACACCACUCUCCAGUGGAACCAUUUCAAACGAUUCGAGCCAAUCGUGCCUGGCUCCAGGGAACUGCCCUUUGAACACGAUUACCCAAACCUUCUUCCCUUGUUCCCAAACGGCACCAAAAGAUCACACAUAGACCUGUAUGAAGUUCCCUUGGGCAAAGCCGCCACCUUACGUGCAUUCCGGACGUUGGCGAGCUAUAAUCCUGGCACCACGCCAAGGCCGCACCUUAGAUCCGCGCUGGUAACACUAAUCGUCACCUUUUGUGAAGGACACAGAUUUGACCAGCUAAACAGACGACUGAAGAACGAGUGGGACAACCCUAGACCAAUCUACAUGCUUGAAGAGGAGGCACCGUACGUUGUGCAAUGGGGCUCGCUGUCUCGUGCGCUCCAAUGGUGGGAGGAGAGUGGUUGCAAAAGUUGGACCAAGGACAAAGACGACAUUAGAGAAUUCGACAAGAUCCAUGCCAACAGCCCCCUGGCAGCUAGAGAUGUGCUGCUCUUCUUACAAAGGACCAGGAACUUCAAGUUACAGUGA